AUGAGCGGAAGAGGCAAAACCGGAGGCAAGGCCAGGGCGAAGGCAAAGACCCGUUCAUCCCGUGCUGGUCUCCAGUUCCCCGUGGGCCGUGUGCACAGGCUGCUGCGCAAAGGCAACUACGCCGAGCGUGUGGGCGCUGGCGCACCAGUCUACCUGGCCGCCGUGCUCGAGUACCUGACUGCUGAGAUCCUGGAGUUGGCCGGCAACGCUGCCCGUGACAACAAGAAGACUCGUAUCAUCCCCCGUCACCUGCAGCUGGCCGUCCGUAACGACGAGGAGCUGAACAAACUGCUCGGCGGUGUGACCAUCGCUCAGGGUGGUGUGUUGCCCAACAUCCAGGCAGUGCUACUCCCCAAGAAGACAGAGAAGGCAGUCAAAGCCAAGUAA